GAGCAUCCGGGGACUUCCGAGAAUCUCCGGGCGCGGUAGGAAGCGAUAUUUCAUCUGUUUCAAGACAACUUUAUACUAUAAAUGUACCAGAAAUGACCAGAAAACAUUAGGGAAAUAGAGUGGAGUAUAUUAAGCAAGAUGAACAUCUCUGGAAGCAGUUGUGGAAGCCCUGGAUCUGCAGCUAUAUCGAAUGACUUUAAAGAACUUUGGACAAAAUUAAAGGAGUACCAUGAUAAAGAAGUACAAGAUUUACAAGUAAAAGUAACCAAACUAAAAAAAGAACGAAUUUUAGAUGCACAGAGACUAGAAGAAUUCUUCACCAAAAAUCAACAGCUGAGAGAACAACAGAAAUUCCUUCAAGAAACCAUUAAAGUUUUAGAAGAUCGAUUAAGAGCAGGAUUAUGUGAUCGCUGUGCAGUCACUGAAGAACAUAUGCGGAAAAAACAGCAGGAGUUUGAGAAUAUCCGGCAACAGAAUCUUAAGCUAAUCACAGAGCUUAUGAAUGAAAAGAAUACUCUUCAGGAAGAAAAUAAAAAGCUCUCUGAACAACUGCAACAGAAAAUUGAGAAAGAUCAAGAGCAAGCAACUGAACGUGACUGUGAGGAAAAUAUUAUUCCAGAUUCACCCAUAACAUCCUUUUCAUUUUCUGGCAUUAACCGGCUACGAAGAAAGGAAAACUUUCAUGUCCGAUAUGUAGAACAUACACGAACUAAACUGAAGCACACUAUGUGUCCAAAUGAAAUAAGAAAGGUUUCAAAGACUUCUGCUCAGUCAAAACAUAACCCCGGUGAAAAUGAAAUUCUUGUUCCUGACACUUGUGAUCAAAGUCAAUCUCCAAUGACUAGAACACAUGGAACAAAAAGUUAUUCCACUGUUAAAUCAUCUUUUGAUAAUUCUACAAUUGUUGCUGAGACACUUGGAAUUAACAGUCAAGAAGAAUCUGAACCUCAAGGUCCCAUGAGCCCUCUUGGCGAUGAACUCUACCACUGUCUGGAAGGAAGUGACAAGCAAUCUUUUGAAAAAUCUACACGGUAUAGUGAAGAUACUUCAAGAUUUUCAGAUUCUAUUCCAAACCUUCCUCAAGAAGAAGUGACUUCUCGGGAGUCAUCUCCUGUGUUUGGAGCUACCCAUAAUGUGAAAAAUGGUUUAGGUUUGAAUAUAAGUUUGUCCCCUUCUCUUCUAGAGACUGAGAAAAAAACUCAUUUGAGAAUAGCACCUUUCAGCAAUUCUUUUAAUUCUAGAUCAGAGAAAGCUAGAUCAAAAUCUGAAGAUGGUGCCCUUUUCAUACAUCAUAAUAUUGAGUCUGAAGUGAGUAAAAUGAUUAGUCAGUCAUCUUCUAAUAAGCAUAUGUUUACAAAUAAAAAGGCUGGUGAGCCCAUCGGUGAACAGAAGAAUACAGAUCAUAUCAAAGAUGCUAUUAUUGAUAAAGAUAAACAUUUAGUGUCCCUGAAAUCACUGGGAGGCAAAACAUCUAAAAGGAAGAAAACUGAUGAAGAUAGUGAAGAUGGAGUAAACUUCCCUCAAGCCUCUGUUGACAAAGAAAAUGCUUUCCCCUUUCCAAUGGAUAGUCAUUGUACCGGGAAUGGAGACUAUAUGAUGGAUAAACCUCUGGAUCUAUCAGACCGAUUUUCAGCUGUUCAAGAGAAAGAACAAGAAAAAAGUCAAGUAAGGGAGUCCACUAUAACCAGAUUAAGGCAAUUAAAUCUUUAUGAGACUUUAAAGCCCAUUUCAAAAGGCUCUUCCUUAAACCGAAAGGCCCUGUGUAGGAGCUCUGUGUCAACUGAAGAUUCCUCAGAAGAAGAGGCAUGUUUACAGGACAGCAUCCUUCAGUCCCUGAAUAAAUCUCCAGACAGUAAAACACCGUUACAAGUAAAGGAAGAAAACCCCGUUUUUAAGAUCCCUCUUCGUCCAAGUGAAAGUUUGGAGACAGAGAGUCUUUUGGAUGACAUGAAGGGUGCUGUAUCUCGUGAGCCAAGUAAAAAAAAAAGAUCAGCUCAUGGAGCAUGUGAACUUACAUCAGUUCUUCAGUUAAAUCCUUGUAGAAUUGCUAAAACACAGUCUCUGCAGAACAGCCAAGAUAUAUCCUUAGAAAAUAACCAAUGGAGUAUAGAUCCAGGAGCAGACCUUUCUCAGUAUAAAAUGGAUAUUACUGUAAUAGAUACAAAGGAUGGAAGUCAGUCAAAAUUAGCAGGGGGAGAGACUGUGGACGUGGACUGUACAUUGGUUAGUGAAACUGUGCUUUUAAGAAUGACGAAACAAGAACAAAAGAGAGAAAAAUGUCUAGAUGGAGAAAGAACAAUGAAUGAUAGUUUAGAAGACAUGUUUGAUCGAACAACACAUGAAGAAUAUGAAUCCUAUUUGCCUGGUAGCUUCCCACAAGAAGCAGGUGAAGACGAAGAAGUGUCACUUGCCACAAAGAAAUUAAAUGGUCAUGGUGAUAAACAAGAUAAAGUCAAACGGAAAGCAUUAGUGGAGCCAUAUUUUAAGGAUAAUGAAAGAGAGAACGGCAUACAAAAUUUUCCUCAUAUUGAGGUAGUUCGGAAAAAGGAAGAGAGAAGAAAGUUGCUUGGACACACAUGUAAGGAAUGUGAAAUUUACUAUGCAGAUUUUCCAGCAGAAGAAAGAGAAAAGAAGUUGGCUUCCUGCUCUAGACACCGAUUCCGAUAUAUUCCUCCUAACACUCCAGAGAAUUUCUGGGAAGUUGGUUUUCCUUCUACUCAAACUUGUAUGGAAAGAGGUUACAUUAAGGAGGAUCUUGAUCCUUGUCCCCGUCCGAAGAGACGGCAGCCUUACAAUGCAAUGUUUUCACCAAAAGGCAAGGAGCAGAAGAUAUAGAUGUUCAAGCCAAAGCAGGAUGUCACAGGACAACUUUUUAUUUCUUAGUUAUUUAUAGUUAAAAUUGAUGUCAAAUAUUAAGUUUUUGAUCUUUAAUUUGAUUUAUAAAUCAUUUUUCUAUUAAAAACAUUUUCAAGUGGCAUUUACCUACCAUACACACAUCUAUUUAAAAGGAGGGUCUGUUUGUUGUAUUUUCUUGCUUUUGCACCUUUAAAAGAGGAAGGUGCUUUCAUUUUGCACUCUAAUUUAAGAGUUGUUUAUAUACUUUAUUUGUUAAUACUAAUUACAGUUUUGAAA